CACAUGAUCACAUGAUUAUGAAAGGUCCUUUCGAACGCUAGAAUCUAGGGAGGUAUUAAAGAUUAGCAAUAGAAGAUAUGAUAGCGAUUAACUCUAAUGACGGUGUCUGGAAUGAGACGCGCCCAGUUAAAAUGAAAAGGCUUUGAAUGUCACGUGACCCGGUGACGUCAGAAGGUCCUUUGGGCGCAGUGACGCACCCGGUGGGGGAUGUAAACAACGGACGGUGCGGGGCUGCGGAAGAUGGCGCUGCGGGGCGGCCGCAGGGAGGCGCGGGCGGCGGUGGUGAGGCCCCCUGUCCCUGAGCGCUGCCUGGCUGCCGCCUUCGUGCAGGGCCUGGGGCUGGCGUGUGUCUGCACGGCCAUGGCGGACCCCGGCUGGCUGCUGGUGCGUGUGGAGCAGCAGGACUAUGUGUAUGGAGCCGCCUACAUCCUGCAUCUGGGCUGUAACCUGACGGAGACCGGCCCCCUCAAGCUCCUCCAUAAGAGCGGCCUGUGCGUCCUGCUGCUGCUGACCGCCUGCUGCUACGUCUCCAUCCUCCUCGGCCUGGCCGCCUUCCUGCUGGACUUCCUGGGGACCCGGUACUUGGGAAUCAAGAGACUUGUGGGGAUCCUGCUGCCCCCCGUCCUGCACCUCAUCACAGCGCUGUCGUCAGCGGGGGCCGUGGCUCUCUGCUCCUACCUCUACCAGGUCCUGUACCGUGAAGUGCACUUCCAGCUCCUCAAACCGCCUGCUAACACCCUGUCCCUGGGCGAGAGUUACUAUUUUGCCAUAUGUGCCUGCCUGGCGUCCAUCGUUGCUACCGCCCUCAGCUUCUCCUAUGCCAGACGAUACCGCCGAGUAACCGGGACGUUCCCUGCCGCAGCGCUAAGUGAAGAAACCUCCCCGCUGCUGCAGGAGCCGGAGACCCCCGACCCCCCGGGAGAGUACGGGUGAGCUGCGGCACGCAGUGGAGGAUCCAAGCGGAGGACCAAAUAUCUGCAUUCAUCUGCACGGGUGUGAAGACUCACUGUCCAGUAUUAUGUGUGUGGACUCUAGGAACGUUACAGGAGCUGGACUGUACCAUUGUAUCGGACUGUACCACUAAGGCUCCCCAAAGUUUGUGUUGGUUUCGUAUUUUUUCCUUCUUUUUUUUUUCCCCCCCAAUUAAAUGGAAUUUUUAUAUCCAGGAAAUGUCAGCAUAAAAUUAAGACUUUUAAAGGGGUUUUCCAGGACUAACAUAUUCAUGAUCUAGCCAUCCAAUAGGCCAUCAAUAUGAGAUUACUCAGGGGUCCGAGACCCUCACAGAGCAGAUGGUAGCAGAACGCCACAGCGCCAUACACUGGGCACUGGCCGUUCGUGGGUACUGCAGUUGAGGCUCCCGUUCAUUGGAAUAGGAACUGAGCUUCAGUACUUGAGCAUGGCCACUACACGGCGCCAUACACUAUUUGGGAAACCCCCCCCCCCGAUCUGAUCGAUGACCUAUCCUGUGGAAACCCCCUUUAAAGGCGAACUGCCUGAUGUAGUGUAUAAGAGGCUAUAGUACAUAUAGUAUAGUGGGGGGGGAUAGCGGCAUGUCCGGUUUUGUGU